UUGAAGUGCUCUAAAACCGUUAGCAGACGACUUUUCGCGUCACAAUAUGGCACCUAUUGUUUUUCCUUGUUCGUUCACAAAAGAAGUCGUUCGAACGGAAAAGUUUUGAACAACAGUGGACAAACUUUUUGCGAUGUGAGAUGAGUGGAGAAUUGCAUUUUUUCUUCAAUAGGACGAAAGUAUAGGAAAAAACAAACAUUUAUUUAUUUUGCAUUUUGCUCCAUGUCUUUGCGUGCAAAAACAGCAGUUGAUUAGGUAGCAGCCUGAACAACUCAAAUAUUCUUUUCCUGGCUCGGAUAUGACAAGUCCAGGACGCGGUGACCUCGGCGCUAUAGAUAGUGAAGCAUUUGAUUUCAGUCAACUGGAAGAAUACAUCAACGACGACAAUGAAAGCAAUAUUUACUUUCAUGAUGCCCUGGUCACCUCCAGCGACCUGAAACUGAGCGGCAGCGAGGAGAAGACCCCUCCCUUUUCACGCAACGGUCAACCGGGGAUGGUCAAGGAGCCGCACGCCCCUCACAAAAACUUUCGUGCAAGUGACGUCACCUCCUCCUUCAACAAACCACAUCACCUGCCGGACAGUCCGCCGGAUUCCGGAUCAGAGCCACCUUUUUCUCCUCCGAAUGAAGAUCCGAAACUGAAGUGUCCGUCCCUCGAUAUGCUUCAUCAGCCGCAGCAGCAUCUGCCCUCGGAGAUGGCGGAGAGCCUGAAGCAUCACUAUCUCCACUACGGUCUGCCACAGAAGCACGCCGAAGUGUCCAUCUCAUCCUCCACAUCCCCCACCUCCCCACAUCACCCUGUGAGUCCAGUCCAUUCCACACAUUCUGCCUCGAUGCCAGUCCUAGCUCCACCGUCCUUGUCCGGCCUCUCACAGAUCUCCUCGUUCGUCCCCAGCGCUAUCCCGCAGCAACUAAUAACACCCGGCCUCGGACACCUGUACGCAGGAAGCGAGGAGUUCCUUUACGAAAACAUUUCAAAUCCUGUCUCUUCGACGACAAGCAACAAAAAGAGAAAGCUACCUGAAUCUCCCAAGAUCCCCAGGACACACCAGAGCGGAAAUGGCGUGCAGGUCAAAAUUGAGCCCAGCAUCCAAUCACCAGAUCCAACUACUGUGCUGCCAUCUAGUGAAGACGAUUACAACUUUGAACUAAGUGCCGCAGAAGCCAAUGCACUGUUUGUGGAUUCCAACUUCCAGUGUAUCAGGUUUCAGCCAUUUCAACCAAACACGUGGGCUCAACUUUUAGACAGAGAUAUGAAAGAAAUAGCUUCCCCCAACUUCCGUGUAGACGCGGACAAGGGCUUCAACUACAGCAACGCCGAUGAAUCCUUCGUUUGCCAGAAAAAGAACCACUUCCAAGUGACAGUGCAUGUGCAGCCUGUGGCGGACGCCCACUAUGUCAGGACGCCAGAAGGCACUCGACCCAUCGAGAAGUUCUCACUCAACUUCCAUGGAGUCAAGAUGGAAUCGCCCACACAGACAAUAAAAGUGGAGCAGUCUCAGUCCGACAGAAGCAAAAGACCUUUCCACCCUGUCCCGCUGGAAAUGGUGCGGGACCAGGUGACGAAGACAACGGUUGGCCGUCUUCACUUCAGCGAGACCACUUCUAACAACAUGAGAAAGAAGGGCAAACCUAAUCCUGAUCAGCGCUUCUUCUUUCUUGUGGUCAGCCUCUGCGCUCACGUGUCCGGAGAGACACCCGUCACUGUCAUAGCCCAUUCCUCCGAAAAAAUCAUUGUCAGGGCGUCGAAUCCUGGUCAAUUUGAAAACGAUAUGGAGCUCUCCUGGCAAAAGGGCCAUACCUUAGAUUCCAUAUUUCAUAACGGUCGAGUGGGCAUCAACACAGAUAGACCAGAGGAAGCGCUGGUGGUGCACGGCAACAUCAAAGUGACCGGACACAUUCUGCAACCAUCUGAUCUAAGAGCCAAGUACGACAUACACGAGUUGGACACGCGGCAACAGCUCCGGAAUGUGUCCAACCUGCGAAUCGUGCGUUACCGCUACCUACCGGAAUUCGGGGAGGAGGCGGGGCUCGGUCAGAUGGGUGAGACGGGGGUGAUCGCCCAGGAGGUACAGCACAUCCUCCCGGAGGCGGUCAGGGAGGCUGGGGACGUCAGGCUCACGGAUGGACAUGUCAUCGAGAAACUGCUCGUUGUUAACAAGGAACGCAUCUUCAUGGAGAACGUGGGGGCCGUGAAGGAGUUGUGCAAGGUGACGGACAACCUCGAGACGAGAAUCGACGAGCUGGAGAGAAUCAACAGGAAACUGACCAGCAUGAAGCGCAAAGACAGUCUCAAGUCAACAGCCACCGAUCUCAGUCGCAUGGGCAGCGUGACGUCCCACGGCAAACACCGUUGCCAUCGGAGCUGUGACAAGCAGCGAUCGGGAAGCAAAGUGUCAUCUUGCUCCAGUCAUUUCAUUCAGUCCUCUAUCUUCGUCCUCGUAGUCAUCAUGGCCUGCUGCCUCAUGGCCUUAGCCACCUUGUAUAUUAUGGAAUGGCAGAAUCAACAUAACUCUCCCUAUUUUAGGGGAGCAGUGCUCAUACAAAUGAAAAGUCCAUCGGCAGAAAAUGCAACCCUUCAAAGCAAUGUUCCUUUCAUGUCCACAUUAUUUCCGUCCAUAUCUCUGUCGAGUCAAGCUUCAUUUUUGAGUUCCAGAAAAUCUACACCAGACAAAACGCAAGGUGCAACUCCUAAAUACAGCACCAAGUCGGUCUUGAAACCCGUGUAUCCUACCGGAAACCCAGAUGACCGAUUCUACGGUUCCCAUCUGGGAGACCUAGACUGCUCAUCCACCGAGGAAUGUCCCAUCUACUGUUGCGACUACUACCCGGACCUCACCCUCGAAGAAGAGGGACACGAGGAAGAAGGUCUGCUCAGACACCAUAUCGAGAAGAAGAGUGGAAGCUCCCUCACUUUUGCAGAACGACAAAAAUUAUUGAGACAUCAAAAAACUGAAAGAGCAAGUAUCGACAGGCAAACGUCUAAAGACUCCAUGCCUGAAAGCAGUCCGUCCGAAAGUUCCCAUAAAUUGAAGAAACGAAUGAUCGAAGCAGAAGAUGAAUCGGCUGACAACAAUCCUAUCUUUAGAUCAGAAUCGGAACCCAUCCUCUACCUUGCCGAGCUGAACGCCACCCUGCUACCCGAACUGUGUUCAGAAGAGCGACUAGAGGAAAAUUCGAACCUCUACGUUUUCUGUUCUAUCUACAUUUCCAGGCACUUUCCACACGUCAACAUCACUCUGCAAAUCAGAAGUAAAGACAGCGACACUCUGAUUGAGUUUUGUGGAGGCAACCAUCAGCAUUCUUGCCCUCGAGAAGUUUUACCGGACUCAGAAGACCCUUCUUCAAACAGCAUCACCAAAAGAGAUAUCUUUCCUCAGAGUCGAUCUUGGCAACUUCCGGUUGGCUCUUUUGUCAGAAGCAGAUAUCGAUUCAGGAUGAUGUCUCGUCGGUUCUCCACAGAUCAGCAGAUAUGUACAAUGAACUCGAACUUCCGUCCUUUCACAGAGUAUAUCCUGACAUUCCAAAGACGCUGUGACAAAUGAAUUCUUCAAAACUGUUUAUGCUGCAACUUAUAAAGAAAGCAUAUUGGAUAUCACUGUAAUUGUCACUGAAGGGAAAAAAACUAUUCUUGCAGAAUGAACCCAAGAAUUUCUUUCAAAACGAAAUAGAACUCUGAUUGACAAUUCACAAUUUUGAAGCAUUGAUAAGAAGAACAUAAGAGGAGAUAUUUCAGCAUUUGGCUCUUUAAUGUAUCAUAAAAGAAAUAAUUAUGAUAACAUAAAAUUUUCCUUUAAUAUCUUUCGCAAAUGCUGCAUUUGUAAU